AUGCUGAUUAACAGAAGUUUUCUUUUUCUCUGUCUUCUUAUGCCGGCUUUUUGUAAAUAUAGAUGCCCGGCGGGAUGGUCAGUUUAUCUGAAUCGUUGUUAUUACAUGAAUGAUAAAGAUGGAUCUAUCACGUGGUCUGAUGCGAAGACGGCAUGUGAAGACAAAGGGGGGAUGUUGGUCGUCAUUGAUUCUAGUGGAGUAAAUGACUAUGUGACUUCACUGACAGAUUCCUCAACACAACAGUUGUUUUGGAUUGGUCUCCAUGAUGUAGUCAACGAAGAUGCCUUUAUUUGGGUAGAUGGAGUUUUUCUGGAUGAUUAUGGAUAUGUCAAUUGGGGAACUGACCAGCCUGAUAAUUAUAAUGAUGAUGAAGACUGUGUUGAUAUUCAAAAUGGAAAAUGGAAUGAUCUACCAUGUAGCAGUACACAACCCACAGGUUACAUAUGUCAGACAGAAAAAGAUGUUGAAGUUCGAUGUGAUGAAGAUGAUGGUUGGGCAUCUGUCAAUGAUAAAUGUUACAAAUAUUUUAGUGAUGAAAAAAAAUGGCAGGAUGCCGUUAAUUACUGCCGCAAUGGUUUUGAUGCCGAGUUAAUUGAAGUGGAAAAUCAAAUAGUCCAAGAUCACGUCACAAAACUAACACUAAAUAGUGCAAUGUGGAUUGGAUUAUCUGACAAGUUGAGUGGACAGAGUGGUGUGUAUAAAUGGGUAGAUGGUAGUAUACCGACAUAUGAACACUGGGGACCGAGCCAACCUGCCACUGUAUUUUCUCCUAACUGUGUGAAAGUGAAGAGUAGUGACGAUGGUUUAUGGACCACAGAGGACUGUGCUGUUACAAAUUCAUUUUGUUGUGGAAAACCUGAAGGGUCAUGUGCACCGGGAUGGAAGAUAUACAAAGGUCAAUGUUAUCAGUUCAAUACGUACUUUCCUGCCACAUGGACGGAUGGAAAACACACGUGUGAGGUGCAGGCAGCACAUCUCGUUACUGUCAACAAUCAAGGUGAGAAUGACUUCUUGGUCCAUGAGUUUGGUUUAUUAAAUGAAGUAGGAAUAAACAAUGUAUGGAUUGGAAUAUCAGGUUCCCCUGAUGGAGGAUGGGAUACUGCUUACUGUUUUACCAUGCAGCCGUUUGUUUGUGAGAUUCCUGUAGGUCAGACAAUUGUACCACUUCAACCAGGUUAUGCUCGCAUCGAUAAUAUUCAAGAUAAGCUGCUGAUUGGUUUUCAUGAUACCUCGCUUGAAGGGGAAUUUGAAUGGGUUGACGGAUCUCCGGUGGAUUUUACUAAUUGGUAUGCAGGUACUGAUGAACCCAAUGACUACGGUGGUUAUGAAGACUGUACUGUUCUAGAAUAUGACGAGUCAAGACUUGGUUCAUGGAAUGAUCUUGACUGUAAUAAUAUACAUGGAUAUAUUUGUAAGAAACAGAAAUAUGAAGGUGGCAUGGUAACUACUCUUCCAAAGCCAACUCCUGUGUUGAAUCCUCGGUGUGGAUCAGGUUAUGAAUUCAAUGCAGACACCUUUGUUUGUUACAAAUAUGUUUUUGAUGCUGAAGUCACAUGGGAACAAGCAGAGGAAAGCUGCAGAAGAACAGGAGGACAUUUAUUGAGUAUUAAAGACAACAGAGAACAAAUAUACAUCAAUGGUCGUUUGUACGGCGUGAAUUCUCCAAAACUGUGGAUUGGGGCAAAUGAUAGAUCCAGUGAAGGAGGAUGGGAAUGGAGUGAUGGAACACCAUUCGCAUAUUUUAACUGGGAUACAGAUGAACCAAAUGAUUACAAUCUUGCUGAGGACUGCACUGAGAUAGUUGUUGUUAAUGGUCUUUGGAAUGAUCAUGACUGUAGUACAAACAAAAUAGGAUAUAUUUGUGAAAACAAAGGGUCUCUUAUUGACUACUUUAAUGUGUACCAUGACUCAGCACUAGCAUCUGACAAUAUAAUAGAAAACAUUGAAGGCGUAUAUCCUGAUUAUUGUGCUGACGUAUGCGCCUAUGACCCCGGCCGAGCCUGUAAAUCAUUUGAUUACGAUAAAGUUAAUUUGGCAUGUAAUUUAUAUACAAGCAAUCUCCAAGAUGGUUCUCUAUCAACGUAUCCAAAUGAUCCCUAUGAUUAUUAUGAAGUAGUAUCAUUUCCUGAACCCGAGACUACAACCACCUUAGCACCAGGAUCCAGAUGUCAGAAUGGUUGGACGUCUUAUCGCAGUUCUUGCUAUAUUUUAAUGUAUACGCAUAUGGUUUGGUUAGAUUCUCGAGAUACUUGUCGUCAACUUGGGGGUGAUCUAGUCACUAUCAGUGAUCAAAAUGAAAAUGAUUUUGUCAUUUCAAUGGUUCAUUCAUCUUGUGAAGAGUAUCAUUCAGAUGGUACAAGUGAUGAGUAUGGUUAUAAGUUUGUCCCAACACCGGUUACAAAUACCAGAGUUACCUUUGAUGUAAUGGCUGGCAGUGAUGUUCAUGUUUCACUCUCUGAGUUCCCGGAAUACUCUGGUGAAGAUCAGCCCAUGUACCAAAUAGUGAUUGGUGGGUGGAGCAAUUCUCGGUCUGUAAUCAGACUAUGCACUGCUUGUGAUCAUAAAGCCGACGAGCAAACUCCUGGAAUAUUAUCUGCAACAGAGUGGAGAGGAUUCUGGAUUAUAUUCACGAAUGGUUUUAUCAGAGUUGGACGGCAAGGAGAGGGCGCUUUUAUGGAGUGGCAGGAUCCUAACCCUUUGCCUGUUUAUUACGUGGGAUAUAGCACAGGAUAUGGUCACACUGGAGAAUUCCGUUUCUGUACUGCAUAUUCAGAGAAUGACUCAAUAUGGAUAGGUUUGAAUGACUUGCGUCAUCAAAGGUUGUUUGAAUGGAGUGACUUAAGUCAAGUUACAUACACAAAUUGGAAUAAUGGUGAACCCAAUAAUUGGAAUGGCCGAGAUGAACAGUGUGUUAAUAUGCUUGUUGACGGUUCUGCAGCAGGGUUAUGGAAUGACGAGUUGUGCCAAUAUUAUCUAAAAGCAGUUUGUGAGAAGGACAAAGAGGUGUUACCUCCAACUACACCUGGAUCAUCCAUUGAUCUCUGUGAUGCAAAUAUUGUGGCUAGUCUACAUGCUGCUAUGUUUUCGCAGCAUUUUGAUUUUUUUAAUGAUAUAAAAAGUAGACGUUACGUAUCACCUAAUGAGCGUAUAUUACCGAUAGACAGCGAUGAUCCUCGUCUUUUUCGAUAUGGUACUCAGAGUGAUGGAUGGUUUGGUCAUGGCUCUUCUUGUUAUAAAUUUAACAUGAUACCAAUUCAGUGGAACAGUGCCCAAAUAGAAUGUGAAACAUAUCAAGGAAAUCUAGUGUCAAUCAAUGACAACGUUGAACAGUCCUUCUUGAAUUCAAAACUGAGUCAGAUUUCUAAUGGUGAAAGUUACUGGGUUGGAUUAAAUGAUUUAGGUGUUUCUGGAGUGUAUGAAUGGAGUGAUGGACAAAAAGUGACUUACACCAACUGGGGAGUAAAUCAACCAGACUCGCGUACUGGAGAUUGUGUUUCCGUAACAUCAGGAACACUUGCUGGUCUAUGGUAUGGCACGCCGUGUGGUGAUUCAAUGCAUUAUAUAUGUGAGCGAUUGAAGAAUGGAUAUACUUUGCCACCACCUGAGCCGAAAACUACCCCAUCUGAUGCAGGCUGUUCAGCUGGGUGGAUUGGAUAUGGUGAUAGCUGCUUUCUGAUUGAAGAAUACAGUCUUGAAGAAGAUCGUUUAAUGUGGAGUGAUGCUUUGGAGCGUUGUCAACAACAGGGUGGUGAUUUAGCUAGUUUCCAUAGCGCCGAGGAAGAACUACAUGUAUGGGAGAAAUCAGGAGUUAAUGACUGGGCUAAUGCUUUUUGGAUAGGAUUAAAUGAUGUUGAAGAUGAAUCAGGUUUUGUCUGGAGUGAUGGAUCAGCUGUGAAUUAUGUAGACUGGCAUGAUGGUGAACCUAACGGUGGUACACUCGCUAACUGUAUUGAGGUGUUCUUUCAUGAAUCAAAAAGCUGGAAUGAUCAAGUGUGUGACCGUCCUAGGAACUGGAUUUGUAAAAUACCAAAAGGUGUUCCACCGGUAACUAAAUUCCCAGUUCCUGAUGCUACAAGAUCCCCUCUGUGUGGUUCCGAUUUAGAAUGGUAUCUGUACAAUGACUAUUGCUACUAUGUUAGUGUGUCAUCAAGUGAAGGCCUGGAUAGCUGGCAAGACGCUAAUAGUUUCUGUAACGCACAUGCGUCCUACUUAGCAUCCAUACACAGUCAAGAAGAGCAGCAGCUUAUUCACUAUGGUCUUGGUCAAAGAGGUGCCUGGGCAGGAUGGAUUGGUCUUAGAGAAAAUAGUGCAGCAACUGAAUACGUAUGGAGUGAUUCCAGUGCCUUGACGUAUACUAACUGGGCGCCAAAUGAACCAAAUGAUGCCCAUCAAUCAGAACAGUGUGUGGAAAUUAGAACAUCUGAUGGUAUGUGGAAUGACAAUAACUGUGGUGAUCGAUUGUCAUUUGCAUGCAAGAAACAUAUGAGUGAUAUAAACCCGAUUACAUCAGCAGUAACUACCCCUGUUUAUGAUGCGUAUUGUCCACCGGGAUUUCUGCAACAUAAUAACAAGUGUUACUCCUUCCAUGGACAAUCAGCAUCCGAUGUUGUUGAUUGGGACACUGCGCGGGAAAGAUGCCGAAAUGAUGGCGGCGAUCUGGCUACAAUUCAUAGCAAGGAACAGCAAGCAUACAUUACAAGUCGUCUUCGUGACAUUGAUUACGCUAUGUGGAUUGGUCUUAACGAUGUAGCUUGGGAAGGUCAGUUCCGAUGGUCUGAUGGAUCCGAGGUCAAAUUCGUCAAUUGGGCAGAAGGUGAACCUAAUGGUGGAGAUGUGGAAGAUUGUACAGAGUUGCAUUUCCGUGCGUAUGGCGGUCUGUGGAAUGACGCUGCAUGUAGCAGUACGGCCGGUUAUAUAUGCCAAGCUGAUAAAGACUCCUCGUAUUCUCCAUCCGUUACCACACCCAAUUACUGUAAACCUGGUUACAUUCAAUACUGGAAUGCUUGUUAUAAAGUUCUAUCUGGAUCCCAUACAUUUAAUGGAGCUCAGUCGUCAUGCCAACAAGACUCGACAGAAUUAGUCAGUAUAAUGGAUGUGUAUGAGAAUGCGUUUAUAGAAUACCAUAUGUUAUCAAUCGGUAGUCCAUUCUGGAUUGGAUUAAAUGAUCUAGAGGUAAGUAAUAAACAACCAGGUAUACAGGAUUGGAUUGGAUUAAAUGACUUAGAGUCUGAUGGUGUGUAUAAAUGGACGGAUGGUAGUCCUGUGUUAUUUACUGCAUGGGGAGAUGCUGAACCUAGUAAAGAUCCAUAUGAGGGAUGUGUUCAGAUGACAACGCAGGGUCCGUGGGAUGAUACUGACUGCUCACUUGGCUCAGCCGCUAUGUGUAAAUACUGGACUGGUAUGUUCAAUUGUAUCUCGAUAUAG